CUUUUUGUUUUUUGGUUUCUUUUUCUGUAACGUAUAGUUCUGAAAAAGGAGAGUUUCAUAUGGGUAAGAGUAGGAGCCCACUUUCACAAUGCAGUUGUCGACUUGUAGAGUUGAUGACAAACCCAGAAAUGGGUCACAGAAGAAACGCUCCUACCCACCUAACACUCUGUCGAUCGAAGGGAGUGAGGACAAAACCCAUACAAAAAACAAAAACGGAAACCCAAGAGAGAUUCUUCUGACAAGUGGGUAAUCCCACAGCACCGUCUUAAGAGAGAGAGGGGUUGAGAAAACUGCCGGUUUUGUGGUCGGAAAAUGGCUAAGAACAGAGAAGCGUUACUGAAGAAGGAGGUUUGGGAGUAUGAUGAGAGUUGCCCGGGUUGCAAGAUAGAUCAUCUUAAGGAAUCCAACCCUGGUAUUCCUUUCAAGCUUUUGUUCUAUGUCUGGAUUGUGGUUCUAUGUGCUGCUUUGCCAAUAUCAUCUCUUUUCCCAUUCCUUUAUUUCAUGAUAAGGGACUUCCACAUUGCAAAAAGGGAGGAGGAUAUUGGCUUCUAUGCUGGUUAUGUAGGAUCUUCAUUUAUGCUAGGAAGAGCUUUGACUUCUGUUAUCUGGGGAAUGGUAGCUGAUCGAUAUGGUCGAAAACCUGUGAUAACGGCUGGCCUAAUUGCACUGAUUAUUUUCAACACGCUCUUUGGCCUCAGCACAAAUGUUUGGAUGGCACUUUCUACAAGGUUUCUUCUUGGAAGUUUGUGUGGUAUACUUGGCCCAAUGAGGGCAUAUGCUUCGGAAGUUUGUCGUAAAGAAUACCAAGCCUUGGGAAUGUCAAUUAUUAGCACAGCAUGGGGCAUAGGAUUGGUCAUUGGUCCAGCUCUUGGAGGUUUUCUUGCCCAGCCUGCAGAAAAAUUCCCACACAUCUUUUCUAAAGAAUCCCUUUUUGGGAGGUUUCCUUACUUUCUACCUUGCCUUCUAAUAUCGACCUUUGCACUGGGUGUAUCUGUUCUCUGUUAUUGGCUCCCGGAAACGCUGCAUAUCCAUAAGGAAAACAAAGAACAGGAUGAGUUAUAUGCAUGGGAGGUAGCAGCAUAUGGAUGUGAUGUGAAAAAAAAAUUGAAAAAAUUUGAAGGAAAAGGUCCAAAUCAGCAGCAAAGCCUUCUGAAAAAUUGGCCCCUAAUGUCAUCUAUCAUUGUGUAUUGUGUUUUCCAACUACAUGACAUGGCAUAUGCAGAGAUAUUCUCUUUAUGGGCUAUUAGUCCUAGCGAGUAUGGAGGAUUGAGCUAUUCAACUGCAGAUGUUGGUGAAGUUCUUGCAAUGUCAGGAUUGGGUCUGCUACUAUUUCAGCUAUUCCUGUACCCUCCAUUGGAGAGGAUUCUUGGUCCUGUCAUGGUAUCUCGCAUUGGAGCAGUUUUAACCGUACCAUUGCUAUCAAGUUACCCCUUAAUAGCUAUGCUAUCUGGUGUCGGGCUCUCAUUACUGAUCAAUUGUGCAUCUUUAUUGAAGAAUGUGCUCUGUGUAUCAAUUACCACAGGAUUGUUCCUUCUGCAAAAUAGAGCAGUGACCCAACAACAAAGAGGAGCUGCAAAUGGCAUUUCUAUGUCGGCUAUGUCUUUUUUCAAAGCAGUUGGUCCAGCUGGAGGCGGUUCACUCUUCUCUUGGGCCCUAAAGCGUCAGAAUGAUUCCUUUCUUCCAGGUAGCCGGAUGGUUUUCUUUAUCCUAAACAUAAUCGAGGUGCUUGGACUUUUUAUGACAUUCAAACCUUUUCUAACGGUCCCUGAUGAAAAUCAUCCCUAAUCUUAUAGCUUGUGAAGAAUGAAAAAUGAAGAGGAGUGUUGUCUUUGUCGAAGAUCCGUGCUCCUAUUGAGACUGGAUCAAGAUGCGCACUAGGUGGGUGAUGUUUUGCUGCUCA